UUUUGAUGGAUAGACUUCGAAAUAUCUCAAGCUGUUCUCCUGUGUCCAACACGUCCCUUUGCAGAUCUCCUUGAUAUUAUUUUUUUUUUCCCUCCAAUUAUUAGCAUUAUCGCCAUUAUUUUCUUUUUAGCUAUUACAAGACUUUUUUUAUUUCCAGAUGUUAGUCCACACCUAUUCCGCCAUGGACCGGCAUGAUGGAGUGCCCAGCCACAGUUCCAGGCUGUCCCAGUUGGGAUCCGUCUCCCAGGGACCCUACUCCAGCGCUCCUCCGCUCUCUCACACCCCAUCCUCGGAUUUCCAGCCGCCUUAUUUCCCACCCCCUUACCAGCCUCUUCCUUACCACCAAAGCCAGGACCCUUACUCCCAUGUCAAUGACCCCUACUCCCUAAACCCCUUGCAUCAACCCCAGCAGCAUCCCUGGGGACAGAGGCAGAGGCAAGAGGUGGGAUCAGAAACCGGGUCACUGCUGCCACAGCCUCGGGCUGCCCUGCCCCAGCUCUCGGGACUGGACCCCAGGAGGGACUACCACUCAGUAAGGAGGCCAGAUGUCCUUCUGCAUUCAGCUCACCAUGGCCUUGACUCCGGCAUGGGGGACAGCCUUUCUCUGCAUGGCAUCGGACACCCAGGGAUGGAGGAGGUCCAGUCAGUUGAAGAUGCCAAUAACAGCGGUAUGAACUUAUUGGACCAGUCUGUCAUUAAAAAAGUUCCGGUUCCUCCAAAAUCUGUUACAUCUUUGAUGAUGAAUAAAGAUGGCUUCCUGGGUGGAAUUUCAGUCAAUACCGGAGAGGUGUUUUGCUCUGUACCUGGCCGCUUGUCUUUGCUUAGUUCAACUUCAAAGUAUAAAGUAACUGUGGGAGAAGUUCAAAGACGCCUUUCUCCUCCAGAGUGUCUGAAUGCAUCCCUCCUAGGAGGAGUUCUUAGAAGAGCCAAAUCGAAAAACGGGGGGAGAUCUUUGCGAGAAAGGCUAGAAAAAAUCGGUUUGAAUUUACCAGCCGGCAGGCGUAAGGCCGCAAAUGUCACUUUACUCACCUCCCUGGUGGAAGGUGAGGCCGUUCAUUUAGCUCGGGAUUUUGGGUACAUCUGCGAAACGGAAUUCCCAGCCAAAGCUGUUUCGGAGUACCUGAACCGACAGCACACGGACCCCAGCGACCUCCACUCCAGGAAAAACAUGCUGCUUGCUACAAAGCAACUUUGUAAAGAAUUUACAGAUCUCUUGGCCCAGGACAGGACGCCCAUUGGAAACAGCCGGCCUACCCCUAUUUUGGAACCGGGCAUUCAGAGCUGCUUGACUCACUUCAGCCUCAUCACUCACGGCUUUGGGGCCCCCGCUAUCUGCGCUGCCCUCACGGCCCUUCAAAACUACCUGACUGAAGCUCUCAAAGGCAUGGACAAGAUGUUCUUGAACAACAACACUGCUAACAGGCACACAUCUGGCGAAGGACCAGGUAGUAAAACUGGAGACAAGGAAGAGAAACACAGAAAAUGAGAGAGAAAGAGAGAGAGAGAGAGAAAGAAAGGAAAAAAAAAUAAUAAAAAUAAAAAGAAAGAAAGGAAAAGAAAAAAAAGUUAAAUAAAUAAAAGGAGAAAAGAGAGAGAAAGAUAAUCUUUUAAAACAAAACCGUCUUAAUUUUAGCUUUAAAAAUAUUGGAUUGGGCUUUGGAAGAAUUCUAUUAGGUAGGACAAAAUAAUAAUAAUAAUAAUAAAUAAUAAAAGAAAGACAAUAAUUUAAGAUCAGAGGAGCACAAUGGCGCAAGACCAGUGGUUCAGAGUCUCUUGCCAGGAACAUGUGAAGACAACCACAAGGAUUUUUUUUCCCACUUCUGUUCUUUCACAUUUUUUAAAUAAUGAUUGGGGGGGAGGGGAAUAUAAUAAUAAUUAAUAAUAAUAAUAAAAGAAAGAAAUGAAUAACUUAUUGGAAGAAAUCGGAGAAACAUUUUUGGUGUCAGUGCUUUGAUUUCUUGAGCUGCACGGUCUGUCUUGCUGUUUUUAUUUUAUUCUUUUGUUUUUCUUUUUUUUUUUUUUUCUGAAUGACGUCCUGUCUCCACCCUAGUUAAAACGAUCUUCCAGAACGUUCCUUUCUGAGCAACCCCAUCGUCUUCUCAUUCCCUCCUGACUCUUCCCAUCUCAUCCCACCACCCUGGCUCUGUCUAGACUAGGAAAGGAGGGGGAGGCGAGCGCAGACCUCUCGUGAAGUCACCACCACCACCACCAACCAGUUGGAGCUGCGUUCGUGGCAGCCUCUUAACAUUAGAUGGGACGUUUCAAGUUGUCGAAUUAGCUAACUCUAUAUUUUUUAAGAAUAUUUUUGGGUUUUUUUCCUGGUCUAGACAGACUCUCUGUUUAGAUUACCAGCGUUUACAGGUGUGUAUGGGCGCGUGUGUGCCUAUGUGUGUGCAUACACGUAUGUGCACACAUAACUUGGUAGGGCUGCGUGUGUAUCCUACGUAUGUUUGUAUAUAUAUAUGUAUAUAUACGAAUAUAUACAUAUAUAUAUCUAAUAUGUGUGUAUAGCCACACAUAUUCAUGCAUGCAAACAUACCUUUGUAAUUUAGGACUUGCCUUUGAUGGUAAAAAUGCCUUGUCUAAAAUGGGUUGCAAAAUUUGGAAGUUAAGGUCUGGUAAAAACGUCAGCGCUAUCUGAUUUCUUAAUUUUCUGAGGUCUCCUCUUUUUCUCUAGGGAGUUUUGUAUUCCUAACUAUGCCAGUGUUUCAGUCCUUAAUUUCCUUGAGUAGUGUGUGUGAGAGAGAUCUUCCCCCAUUUUUAAAGAACUGUUAACAACAACAACAAAAAAAAAAGAGUGAUAUGAGUAUGUAAUUCUUUCUCAGGAGUAUGCACUAUUUUAUUUUCUUCUGUUUCCUAAAGCUUUGCCCGCUUGGCUUAUGAGCUUCUUCAAAGAGGACUAGAGAUCCCUACACAAUAUAUCAGGUACAGAGAAAAAAAAAUCCACAA